CCCGACCCGCGCAGAAUCAGUAGCGGCGCGAUGGGAGGGGGCGGAUUUUAAAAAAAGACGCGAGUGAGAUCGCGAAGGUAGAGCGGGUCGGGACGCGACGGAUCGGGACGCAGCGCUCAGGACAGAGGACACAGGCUCAAUGUCUCAGUCAAAGGGUACCGUGGUUCUUGCCUACAGUGGUGGCUUAGACACCUCAUGUAUUCUGGUCUGGCUGAAGGAACAAGGAUAUGAAGUUAUCGCAUACCUGGCUGACGUUGGGCAGGAUGAAGAUUUUGAAGCCGCUCGAAAGAAGGCUGAGUCUUUGGGAGCCAAGAAGGUUUUUAUUGAAGAUCUGCGGAAGGAGUUUGUAGAAGAGUUCAUCUGGCCUUGGGUGCAGUCAGGCGCUGUGUAUGAGGAUAGAUAUUUCCUCGGGACAUCGCUGGCUAGACCCUGUAUCGCCAGGGGUCAGGUCAAGAUUGCCAAGCAGGAGAAAGCUCAGUUUGUGUCCCAUGGAGCUACCGGAAAGGGAAAUGAUCAGGUCCGGUUUGAACUGACUUGCUAUGCGCUCUAUCCUGAAGUUAAGAUCAUCUCACCCUGGAGGUUACCGGAGUUUUAUAAUCGUUUCAUGGGGCGCCACGAUCUGAUAGCAUAUGCAAAGGAACAUGGCAUUCCCAUUCCGGUCACUCCCAAAAGCCCCUGGAGCAUGGAUGCCAACAUCAUGCACAUCAGCUACGAGUCUGGGAUCUUGGAAAACCCUAAGAACCAUGCACCAGAUGGUAUGCUGACCAUGACAGUUGACCCAAUAAAGUCCACGGACAUUCCUGACAAACUGGAGAUUGAAUUCAAGCACGGUGUUCCUGUCAAGGUCACCAACCUGAGUGAUAAGACCACUUACAGCUCUGCCCUUGAACUCUUCAUGUACCUCAAUGCAAUUGGGAGUAAGCAUGGGGUUGGACGGAUAGACAUCGUAGAGAAUCGCUUCAUUGGCAUGAAAUCACGCGGUAUCUACGAGACCCCAGGUGGGACAAUUCUGUACCACGCUCACACGGACAUCGAGGCCUUCACCAUGGACAAGGAAGUGAGGAAAAUCAAACGGGAUUUGGCAGUGAAGUUUUCAGAGCAGCUGUACAAUGGCUUUUGGAACAGUCCUGAGUGUACUUUUGUCCGUCACUGCAUCAACAAUUCACAGGAGAACGUCGAAGGGAAAGUUCAGCUUUCUGUGCUCAAGGGACAAGUUUACAUCCUUGGUCGGGAAUCACCUACUUCUCUGUACAACGAAAGUCUCGUCAGCAUGAACGUGCAGGGGGAUUAUGACCCGAUUGAUGCAGGCGGAUUUAUUCGGAUCUGCUCCUUAAGGUUGAAAGAAUAUCAUCGUCUCCAAAGCUCAAAUAAGUGAAAAUCCUGUGCGAAUUCUGGCACUUACUUUGUAAAAUGUAUUUUAAUAUACAUAUCGCAAAACAUUUUGUUGAAAGUGCAAGUUCCAUGUAUGUCGCUGGUUUCAUUUUGAAUAAAAUGAAUCAUCUUGAACAAACC